AUGUCUCCUCCCUGGCUCCUGGCUCAUCACACCUUUAGGUUCAUCUGGAGAUGGGUCCCCUGCCAGGUGGCCACCUCCCUGGAGUGCCCUCGCCUGCUCCCACCAAAGAGAAGCAGCUCUUGGGAGGUUAAGGUUACAUUCCCAUCAGAGGUGCCCGGGGCCUGGUGCUCCGUGCUGAGCAGGAGUGACCUCUGCCAUGGGGGCCCUCCCCCUAUGGGCUGGCUGUACUCUUCUGCUCUUUCCUCCACACGGGCAGUUAUCCUUCCAGACAGCGGGGUUCCUUCUGGGCUCAGCUCUCCAGGCUGGAGUUUGGGGCUGGAGGCUCAGCCCAAUCCCCUGGGCUUCCUACGGCGCCAUCGGCAGUUUCCUGGCCUGGAUGCUGGGUCUGGAGUGGGACCUGGGGAGGAGCAAGCAAGCCUGGGUCCAACGGUUUCGUCCUGUUCCAGAGUGGCCUGA